AUGCCAGCCCGAAGAAGAGCUUCCGCGGUCUGGGGCUUCAGCCUCCUGAUUGCAGUGCUCCUUGCCGGCCGCCAGCAGGCUUUCCUAGCAACACAGCGAGGGAGAUCGCUGGCGCUGCGUGCAGCCGCAGAUGAAGGAGUUCCGUCCGACGAGCCCCGCCGUCGUGACCCGAUGUCCGGCGGGAUCCAAGAUGGGAUGCGCAGCAAGCUGAUGGAGGAGGCCAAAUCUCUUGGUGAUGAGGAGACUCCAAUCUCUGCCGGUUUUGGCAAUCCGUAUUUACUGGCCAUCAUCGUGAUCCUCAUCCUGGGCGUCGCAUCGUACUUCCAAUUGGGCUUAGACAAGGUGGCGUCUGUGAAAUCGACUGACGCGGGCGACAAGGAGUUGGCGGAGAAGGUCUUCAAGAUGCAAGAAUCGAUGUAUGGGAUCUAA